GCUCUUAAUCGGGGUGGGCGGGGCGUAUGAGGUUGUGUGGUGCCUUUCAUUACCGGGUGAGGACGCGUCCUCUGUGAGAAGUGCAACCAUGGGAAGUGUACUGGCUGCCAGUUCACCUACUCCACCUCCACCAGUAGGAGGUGGUCCAGGGUUGACCUCUGUGCCCCCUGGAUUCACCAUGCCCACAGUCUCGCCCGUCUCCCCCGCUGGCACUGCUGUGGGUUCUGCUGCUGGUGGGCAACAGGAGCCAGAAGUCACACUCCCCAACCCGGGUGCCUUUGAGGAAUGUCACCGCAAGUGCAAAGAGGUUUUCCCUGCACAGAUGGAGGGGGUCCGGCUAACUGUCAACAAAGGCCUCAGCAACCAUUUCCAGGUUAAUCACAACAUCCUGCUGAGUACCACAGGAGAUUCCACUUACAGAUUUGGUGCUACUUAUGUGGGAACCAAGCAGACAGGACCUGGAGAGGCUUUCCCUGUCAUGGUUGGUGAUAUGGACAAUAGUGGCAGUCUUAAUGCACAGAUUAUUCACCAAGUCACCAACAGAGUGCGCUCUAAACUCGCCUUCCAGACUCAGCAGCAGAAGUUUGUGAACUGGCAGGGAGACGCUGAGUUUAGAGGAGAGGAUUUCACAGCCACUGUAACAGUUGGCAACCCAGAUGUUGUGGUGGGAUCUGGUAUUAUUGUAGCUCACUAUCUGCAGUCGAUCACUCCGUCCUUGGCGUUAGGAGGAGAGCUGGUGUAUCACCGCAGGCCAGGAGAGGAGGGCACUGUCAUGUCUUUGGCAGGAAGAUACACAGGCUCCAACUUUAUAGCCACACUGACGUUAGGAGGCGCUGGUGCUCACGCAUCAUAUUAUCACAAAGCCAAUGAACAGUUGCAGGUUGGAGUAGAGUUUGAGGCCAGCACUCGCAUGCAGGACACAAGCGUAUCGUUUGGCUACCAGCUGGAUAUCGCCAAAGCCAAUCUUCUCUUUAAAGGUUCUAUAGACAGUAACUGGGUGGUUGGAGCCACACUAGAGAAGAAGCUGCUCCCUCUCCCCCUGUCGCUAGCGCUUAGUUCCUUCCUUAACCAUCGCAAAAACAAGUUCCAGUGUGGAUUUGGUGUUACUAUCGGUUGAGCCAGGUCAGAACCCUUAUUUAAAGGGGGCAGGGCUGGAACACGAGGACCCUCAGUGAUCAGACGAACAACGUAGAGCAAGUGGUCAGAUUGCGUCACUACAUCCAUUUUUUUUAUAGGAAUGUGUAUUAGCCUCUGUUCAAUCAGAACCUGGGACUGUUUAAAGGUUUGAAGACUGUUUAUUCUACAGUGAAUGAAUAGAGUCUUACCUUACUUCCACAGAGCCAUUCUUAAUAGCCAAAAAUGCCCAUUUAAAAAUCAUAACUAAAUCAACUCAACUCAUAGUGUAAAAAUGUCAGAAAAAGGUGGGUGAACAGCAUCUGAAACUCUGUAGAAACUAUAGACCACCUCUGACUCAAUCAUUAAGAAUCAGUCUCGUUAUACAGCUUUGGUAGUUUGUGUAAUUCCUGUCUCUUUUUUGUUUUUUGUUUUUUUGGAUUAUGGUGUAUUCGAUAUUUUUUCACUGAGUUGUCUUUUUUUAAAUAUAAUGUUUAAUGAAAGGUAUUGAUUUAAAUGAUGUGUUAUUGCUUUAGUUUUAUCAGCUUUCGGUUAUUGUUAAUUUUCUUUGUUCGUUUCAUCUUCUUUGUACUAAAUACAUACAUAAAUCAUAUAUAUGUAUAUAUAUGUGUAUGCAGACUGUAAGUAUGAAAGAACAUGAACACAAUUUCCUUCAUAAAAUUAUUAAGCGCUGUUUACCAUUUAUGCUUGUCCUAUAUUUAAAUAUUUGUGUUUUACUGAAUAUAUAAAGAAAUACACCUUAUUAUAAGAGUCUGAAAGGGGUACUACUUUUAUGGUAGGUUUAUUUUAAAGAGAGACAGAAUAUCAACAAGAAAUCCAGAAGAUGAACAUGAACUGAAUAUUAUGAAACAAUUUGUAUUAAAUUAAGUGAAACAUGUAUUUAAUCCACUACCAUAAAAAAAUCUGUGGAGGAAGCUCAAACUUCUAAUUGUUAAUUAACAUUCUUGAAUCCUUCGGGAUUUGGAGAUUUUCUGUAAAUAGGACUUGGCCAAAAUGCACCAAGAGAUAACCAACCACAAGAAUCAUCUGACCCCUGUGACUGUGCACCUAGUCAUGUUUUGCUUGAGGUUCAAAUACUUAUUUGUCUUAAUCAAAUACAAAAUAAUUUUAAUUGAUAAA